AUGAAUUGGCCAGCUUUGGAAAGUGAUCCUACAAUUUUUACAAAUUAUUUACGAACAAUAGGGCUAGCUGAAUUUUGGGAAUUUUCUGAAAUUUAUAGCAUGGAUUUUGAAAUGCCUGCUGCUGCGAUUGUUUUGGCUUUUAGAACACAUCUGCCUGGGCCUAUUUUUACUGGCACUGAAGUUUCUGCUCCUUAUUUUAUAAAGCAGAUCAGUGAACUAGACGCUGCCUGUGGAAUUUUGGCAGCAAUUCAUGCAAUUUUUAAUGCAGAGGCUGAUUUAAUAGAAGGAAGCCUUAUUCAGCAAUUAAAAGCUAACAUUUUUAAUAAAUCCCCAUUAGAGACAGCUAAUAUAAUGGCUGGAAGCCAAGAAAUAAAGCAGUCACACCAAGCAUUUGCAGCUGAGGGCCAAACAAACCCAACAACUACUCCAAUUACACACCAUUUUGUUGCUGUUCUUCCUGGGUUUAUCCUUUUUGAUGGGGGAAAUCAAAGUCCAGUCCAGCUCGAUAUUCAAGGAGAAUUUUGUGUAGGAUUUUUUGAGUUAGUAAAAUCAAAAAUUGCUGAAGGGCUAAUAUCGGAGGAUAUGAAUUUAAUGGUGCUUAAAAUGGUUGAUUAA